GCAUCAAUGGCAUGGCACAAAUCAAGCUAGCUAAAUAUGGAAGCGUUGACAUGGAUUUUGUUUUGGGAGUGGGAGGUUAUGAUCUGGACAGAAUCGGUUCUGAAGUUCAUGGAGAUGGCUCAUCCUGUAAUGCUCAUCAACAUGGGCAUGGUAACGGCAUCGGUAUUGUUUCUGAGGGUAAACUGGAUCUCGAUGAGGUUGAUGAUUGGUUAGAGAGACUGAAUGAAGAAAAGGGGGUGGACUUGUACAGAAUGAAGGGUGUACUGUCUGUGACUGGUUAUGAGCAACGAUAUGUAUUCCAGGGGGUCCAAUCAACAUUGGAUGGCUGUCCGGGAAAAGUAUGGGGUCCUGAUGAGAAGAGAAUAAACAAGCUUGUCUUUAUUGGGAGGAACCUCGAUGAAACUGCCCUACAAAAAGGCUUUAAGGGGUGUCUUGUAUGACCCGACCAAUCAAAAUAGAACGAAUGAAAGUGUCGGGUAUGUUGAUAUAUGUUAGAGACGGAUUAACUAUGACAUGAUGCCGAUAAGUAGGGAAGGACUAAGGAGGGCUUCCUAACAAAU